UUUUUUUCAAAACAAAGCAGUGUUGACCUUCAGGUCCUAAAAGCUCAUUUAGAGUGGUUGGGUACGAACAAAACAAACCCCAAGAUUCACUUACCAUGUCUUCUUCUCCACCUCAAUCCCCUUCCUCUUCACCAACCAUGUCCGAUUCCACCUCACCUCUUCUCCGCUCCCGCCAAUCUCCCCGCCGCCGCCAGCCCUUACUCGCGUCGCUCAUAGGCCGAGCUUCGGGUCGGCGAGGAGCUUCGGUGGUUGUGAGAGAGACGGCUGCACAGGAGCUCGAAGACAGACGAGCCGAUUGGGGCUACUCCAAACCCGUCGUGGCUCUCGAUAUGCUCUGGAACAGUGCCUUUGUGGUCGUCGCGGUGGUGAUGCUUUUGAUUUCAAAGGAGGAGGAGCCUAACGUCCCGGUUAGGGUUUGGAUCUGUGGGUACGCGCUUCAGUGUCUUGUUCAUGUGGUGCUUGUGUGGUUGGAGUUUAGGAAGAGGAGCAUGCGCGCUGGGGAUUUGGAAGCUGGGGAAGGCUCUGGUCGUGGACGUAGUCGUGAUAGUGAUGAUGAAGAUGGUGAUGAGAGGAUCCUCAGCGCUAAGACUUGCGAAUCAAUGAACACCAUUGUAUCAUUUGUCUGGUGGAUUGUUGGCUUCUACUGGCUUGUAUCUGGUGGUGAAAUCCUUCUGGAAAAUGCUUCGCAUUUGUACUGGUUGACUUUUGUUUUCCUGGCAUUUGAUGUGUUCUUCGCCGUCUUUUGCGUUGUGCUGGCAUGCCUUAUCGGAAUCGCCCUAUGUUGCUGCCUCCCUUGUAUUAUUGCUCUUCUUUAUGCGGUUGCCGGGCAGGACGGUGCAUCAGAAGCAGAUCUUAGCAUCCUUCCCAAGUACAAGUUUCAGAUGAUGAACAAUGGAGAAAAGCAAAGUGACGGUGGAGGGAAAAUGAUACCCAUGGAGGCAGGCACUGACUAUUCAGGAAACGAACGAGUCCUUUUGGCAGAAGAUGCUGACUGUUGUAUAUGUCUGAGUUCGUAUGAAGAUGGAACAGAGCUGGUGACACUUCCUUGCAACCACCACUUUCAUUCGACGUGUAUUGUGAAAUGGCUGAAAAUGAAUGCGACAUGUCCAUUGUGUAAGUUCAAUAUUGUCGAAGGUAAUGAACAAGACUGAAGUAGAAGAGAGUGACUGUCUCAUCUAUUUAAAUUCUCUUUGAUCCGUUUUUUUUUUUGUAUAGAUUAGAGACACAGAAAAAUGAUUCUUGUCAUGUGUAAGUUGUAAAAUAAAUGUAACUUUGUUGUCUAUCCCUUCAUUUAUCAAAUAUAUAUAUAUAUAUGUUUAUGCCCA